GAAUCUCUUUGCCGUUCUAUGAACAUGAAAAAUAGUUCAAUGAUAUCUGAAUUUGUUUUGUUAGGACUCACCAACACUUGGGAACUUGAACUUUUAUUUUUUUUCAUAUUUCUGUUGGCCUAUGCAGCAAUCAUGGCAGGAAACCUCCUCAUUGUGGUCACCGUAACCUUUGACUCUCGUCUCCACUCCACCCCGAUGUACUUCCUUCUUGGAAAUCUCUCCUUUCUUGACAUGUCUCUUUCCACAAUCACAACCCCUAAGAUGAUCACAGAUUUCCUCAGGGAAAGUAAAACUAUUUCCUUAGGGGGAUGUAUGGCUCAGAUGUUCUUUCUCCACUUCUUUGGGGGCAGUGAGAUGACUCUUCUCAUAGUCAUGGCUGUUGACCGGUACGUUGCCAUCUGUAAACCUCUUCACUACACAGCCAUCAUGAACCGCCGAGUACUCCUGGGCUCUGUGCUACUGUCGUGGACUGUCGGUUUUGUGCAUACCAUGAGCCAGAUGGUUUUCACUAUCACCUUGCCCUUCUGUGGCCCCAACAUAGUGGACAAUAUAUUUUGUGACCUGCCCCUCGUUCUAAAGCUCGCCUGUACUGAGACCUAUGUUCUGCAGUUGCUGGUAAUUGCCGACAGUGGACUGUUGUCUUUCAUCUGCUUCAUACUCUUGCUCAUUUCCUACACUGUCAUUCUGGUGACUGUGCGACGUCGAUCCUCUGACGGACUCUCCAAGGCUCUGUCUACACUGUCUGCUCACAUAACCGUGGUCACUCUGUUCUUUGGACCUUGUAUCUUCAUUUAUGUAUGGCCAUUCAGUAGAUUUUCCGUGGAUAAAUUUCUUUCUGUGUUUUAUUCAGUGAUUACACCCUUAUUGAACCCCAUUAUUUACACUCUGAGGAAUCAGGAAAUGAGAGCAGCCAUGAGUAGAUUGAGGACUCAGCACGUCAGCUCCAGGCAGACCUUCUAG